UUACUUUGCUCGAAGUCCAAAACGGCGCGUUUUGGAGCAGGAAAUGUCGCACUUCUCGACGCAUACGAGUGUUGUGUGACGGGGUGGAAGGUGUGCGGCACUGGAGAGCCGCGAGCGGCCGUCAGCGCCGGUGCGAACCUUCGAAAUAAGAGCACCGUGUUUUCCGCGCUUUUCUCGGUGGCGGAAGCGCUUAGUUGCUUCGGAGGCGAAAGCUCCACAUAUCGCGUCGGUGACACGCGGUAACGUCUCGCGGCCGUCACGUGGCGACACCCUGCUCGUUUGCGAGUGUCCGUGGCGGAGCAAAGCGCCGCUCCGCGCCCGUUCAGCCGGAGCACGGCGCCUGCGUUAGCAUUAGCUCGCAGCGCGGGCCUAGUCAGGAAGCAGGCGCGAGCUUUUAUUUUCCAAAACUGGCCUUAUCGUCUCACCUGUCAGCUGAUCAGCCCCAACACAACAUCUCCACUCUGUUGUGGUGCGCUGAUAGUGUAGUUAGUGAUCAUUUCGUGUGUGGCAACAUCACUGAAUCCUUUAUAGUUUUAAUCCACGUCCGCCCCCAGAGUCUACAACCAUCACCACCACCACCACCAUGACUCGGUCCGACUUUAAGCCCCUCAUCAAAUGUCUGACGUGAACGUGUCCAUCAGGUCAGUGAACGCACCACCUUUCCAGCAGCUCCAACCAUGACUCAGGUCAGCAGACAUGGAAAGCUGCUGCUCCAGCGGCUGCACCAGCAGCGAGAGAUGGACUUCCUGUGUGACAUCACCAUCGCCGUGAAGGACGUGGAGUUCCGAGCGCAUCGGAACAUCCUGGCGGCUUUCAGCCGCUACUUCUCCUCGCAGGCGGAGAAGGGCCAAGUGGUGAUGACCCUGGACCCGGACAAGGUCAGCCGCUACGCCCUGGAGAAGCUGCUGGAGUUCAUCUACACGGGCCACAUGAACCUGAGCAGCACCAGGCAGGGCUCUGUGCGCCGCGCUGCCGUCUUCCUGGGAAUAUCGGAGGCCAUGAAGUACCUGGAGGAAACCUACAGCUGGUCUGAGGGCGCCGAGGGGGGUGAGGAGGCUGAAGCGUCUCCGGGUCACCCUGUGUCCCCCGGCAGCGCCGCCUCCCCCGGUCCUCUCUCCAUCACCUCGGGAAAAGAGGCGCUGCCGGGGGAGGAGGAUGAAGAGGGGGCGGAGGAGGCGGCGGCGGCCGAGGGGUCCGACCUUGAUGCAGGCGAGGGAAGCGAGAUGGACUUGGACCCCACGGCACCGGAGGCCGGGGGCAGGAAGAGGAGCUUGGCAGAGGAGGAUGCGCUGGAAGAGGCCGGCGGGUCGGCUGAGCCGACGCCCAAGAGCUACAGGGGGCGGGGCCGGGGCCGGGGCCGGGGCCGUGGCCGGGGAGCAGUCAAGCGCGAAGACCCCGAGGAUUCAGACGGGAGCCUGAAGGACUUUGGAGACACGUCGGCCGACUGGAGCCCCACACUGGACGAAGGCGAGGUCAAGAAGCCACGACAGAGCUGGCGGGGCAGGGGCCGCGGGCGGGGCAGGGGGCGGGGCAGAGGCCGGGGCAGGCCCAGGGCCUCCGACGUGGAUCUGGAGGAGGAAGGCCAGACGGCCGAGGACGGCUACGACAUGGAGGAGGGUGGGCCGGAGCCGGCGGAGCUGGACGAGGCCUCGCUGACCUGCGGCGAGUGCAACCGAGUCUUCAAGGACACCAGCAGCCUGCGGCGACACGAGCACAUCCACAAGGGCCUGAAGCCCUUCGCCUGCAUCUUCUGCUCCAAAACCUUCAGACAAGCCACGCAGCUCAAGACCCACCUGCGCAUCCACACAGGGGAGAAACCCUUCGGCUGCGCCGACUGCGACAAGUGUUUUGCCCAGAAGUGCCAGCUGGUGGCGCACCGGAGGAUGCACCACGGCGAGGAGAAGCCCUACACGUGCGACCGCUGCGGCUUCAAGUUCGCCACCUCAUCCAACUACAAGAUCCACAUCAGGCUGCACAGCGGGGAGAAGCCGUACGUGUGCGACAUCUGCGGCCAGGCCUUCGCCCAGUCCAGCACGCUGACCUACCACAAGCGCCGGCACACGGGCGAGAAGCCGUACCAGUGCGACCUGUGCGGCAUGUCCUUCUCCGUCUCCUCCUCUCUCAUCGCGCACGCUCGCAAGCACACAGGAGUCACGCCGUACAAGUGCACUCACGCCAACUGCGAGGCCACGUUCGUCACGUCGUCGGAGCUGAAGAAGCACAUGCGGAGACUGCACCCGGAGGGGGCCAACAGUGUGCAGUGCCUGCUGUGCGGGAACCGAUUUGCCAGCGUGAAAAACAUGAUCAAGCAUCAGGAGAAGGCUCACGCCGACGAGGUGCGGCAGCACAAGGAGCGGGCGCGAGCAGUGGUCCUGCUGGCCUCCAGUCAUCCCGUGGCCUUCGUGCAGAGUAAGAUCUCCCAGGAGGCCAAGAGCCUGGCCUCUGUCCCGGCCGCCGAACCCGGGAACCCGGAGCCUGUGACGCCGCUGCCCAAAGCCCCGCCCCCUGGCGAGCCCGGCCCCACCGCCAUGGAUGUGCUGCAGGAGCUGAAGGUGGAGCCCACCGACCCGCCCAUCACCUCCUUCGGCACCGAGCAGGAGCAGACCAUCAACUCGGACACGCUACACGCGCUGGUGGAGCAGCUGCGGCCGACGCCCACCGCCAGCCCCGGCCCCAGCCCCAGCCCGGCCCAGAACCUGGAGCAGAUCGUCAUCAUCCGCACGGUGGACAACAGCGAGCAGAGCGCCGGGCCGCAGUGAGGCCGCCGCACCU